AUGCGCUCCCACAGCAUUUCAUUCUCAGUCCUUCGAGAGAACCGCUUCGCCCGGCAUUUCACUCCUCGGCUGGCCCUGUCCGUGGCGCUGAUUGCCUUGUCGACGUUCAACUAUGGCUUCGACAACCAGGGGAUUGCUACCAGCCAAGCCAUGCUUGCUUAUAAAAAGCAGUUUGGAGACUACAACCCGGAGACCAACAGCUAUGCCAUACCUACGUACUAUCUGUCUCUUCUGAACAGCCUCAAUUUCAUUGGGUUCGCUGUUGGUCUCUAUGUUGGCAGCAUCAUCAGUGCUCGCUAUGGCCGCAGAAUGUCCAUGUUCUGCAUGUCCCUCUGGGCUAUGAUGUCUGCGACAGUGCUCAUCUCCGCCACAAAACGAGGGCAAGUCCUUGCAGGCCGCAUCCUCAACUAUACAUACAUCGGCAUGGAACUUUCCACGUGUCCUCCUUUCCAGGCCGAGAUUGUCCCAGCCCCCAUUCGAGGCUUUGCUGUUGGAACGUAUCAAACGAGCUUGUUGCUCGGCGGCGUCAUCAUCAACAGCGUCUGCCGGGGCACAAGCGGUCUUUCCAGCAACGCGGCAUGGAGAAUCCCCAUGGGCCUCUUCUAUAUCGUGCCGUUGACGGUGGCAUCAUGCAUCUGGUUCAUCCCCGAGUCGCCCAGGUGGCUGCUGCUGCAGGACAGAGAGGAGGAAGCACUCCGGUCUCUGCAGACACUCCGUGGCUCUGAUCCCUCUUACAAUGCUCUCGAAGAUCUGGCGAUACUGCGCCUCUCUCUGGCGGAGGAGCACAAUAAAGGACGCUAUUCAGACCUUUUCCGAGGCACCAACCGAAGGCGCACUCUUGUCGCCAUGGGCAUGAACUUUUUCAUCCAAGCCACAGGAUCGCCGUUCACUGCCGCAUAUGGGACGCUGUUUGUACAGUCCAUUGGCUCGAUAAAUCCCUUCAACUAUUCUAUCAUGAGCUCUUCCAUCAACUUCCUCUCCUGCUUGGUUGGAAUCACCAUCACGGACAAGAUCGGCCGUCGUCCGAUCCUCAUGACCGGUUCUGUUCUUCAGGUGAUAUGGCUGUUCACCAUGGGAGGCAUCGGAACGUCGGCGCAUCCCAGUCUCGUGCAGAAACAAGUCAUCAUUGCCGCUACGGCGCUGUCGUCGGCGAGUCUAUGUUUUAGUUGGGAUCCGCUCAACUACAUCGUGACGACUGAGCUUCCGGCCUCACGACUUCGAGACAAGACUCAGAGAGUUGCUUCCAUUGUGAAUAUUGUGACCAACUUCCUAUUCUCAUUCUUCACCCCAUACUUGCUCAAUAAGCCGUAUGCAAAUUUGCAGUCGAAAGUCGGCUUCAUAUUCGGGGCAUUGGCUAUCUGCUCUUUCUUCUUUGCCUAUUUCUGUGUUCCAGAAAUGAAGGGACGGAGUUUGGAAGAGAUCAACGAAAUGUUUGACAAAAACAUUCCGACUAGACAGUUUGGCAGCUACGUAUUGGAACACAAGGGUGGGGAUAGGGCAGAGGCCAUUGAGAUGGAGACGGUGCCUAUUGGCAGACCUAGUAGUAUAUAUAAGAUUUAG